AUGUUGGGCCUCAAUGGUACCCCCUUCCAGCCAGCCACACUCCAGCUGAUAGGUAUUCCGGGGAUGCAGAUAGGCCAUGCCUGGGUUGCCCUGGUUUUCUGCAUUCUCUACCUGAUUUCCAUCAUAGGCAACCUCAGCAUCCUCACUCUGGUGGUUCGAGAGCCUACUCUGCACCAGCCCAUGUACUACUUCCUGUCGAUGCUGGCAGUGACUGAUCUGGGCCUGUCUGCCUCCACGCUGCCCACCAUGCUCCCCUUCUACAUGCUGGGUCUCAGACAGGUGGCAGCAGAUAUGUGCCUGGCCCAACUCUUCUUCAUCCACACUUUCUCCUUCAUGGAAUCAGGCAUACUGCUGGCCAUGAGCUUUGAUCGUUUUGUGGCUAUUUGUGACCCACUGCACUAUGCCACUGUGCUCACCAAUGGCCGCAUCCUGGCCAUGGGCCUGGGCAUCCUCACCAAGAGUUUUGUCACUCUCUUCCCUUUCCCUUUUCUGGUCAAACGGCUGCCCUUCUGCAAGGGUAGCAUUCUGCAUCACUCAUACUGCCUCCAUCCAGACCUCAUGAAAGUGGCGUGUGGAGACACCCAUGUUAACAACAUCUAUGGGCUGUUUGUGGUCAUUUUCACCUAUGGCGUAGACUCCGCAUUCAUCCUGCUUUCCUAUGCGUGGAUCCUCAGAGCCGUGCUGGCCAUCGCAUCCCAGGAGCAGCGGCUCAAGGUACUCAACACCUGCAUGUCACAUAUCUGUGCAGUGCUGGCUUUUUAUGUGCCCAUAAUUGCUGUCUCCAUGAUCCACCGCUUCUGGAAGAGUGCCCCACCUGUCGUUCAUGUCAUGAUGUCCAACAUCUACCUGUUUGUACCCCCCAUGCUCAACCCCAUCAUCUACAGUGUGAAGACAAAGGAGAUACGCAGAGCGGUCCUCAAAAUCCUCUAUAAAUUGCAGUGCUGA